CCCAAGGCCAGCAUGUCACUGCAGAGAAUCGUGCGUGUGUCCCUGGAGCAUCCCACCAGCGCCGUGUGUGUUGCUGGCGUGGAGACCCUCGUGGACAUUUAUGGGUCGGUACCUGAGGGCACAGAGAUGUUCGAGGUCUAUGGGACCCCCGGCGUGGAUAUCUACAUCUCUCCUAGUGUGGAGAGGGGCCGGGAGCGCGCGGACACCAGGCGGUGGCACUUUGAUACGGGGUUGGAGAUCAUCGUGGUCAUGAACUCACCCAGCAACGACCUCAAUGACAGUCAUGUUCAGAUUUCCUACCACUCCAGCCAUGAGCCCCUGCCCCUGGCCUAUGCGGUGCUCUACCUCACCUGUGUUGACAUCGCUCUGGAUUGUGACCUGAACUGUGAGGGCAGGCAGAAUAGGAGCUUUGUGGACAAGCGGGAUUGGGUCUGGGGGCCCGGCGGGUAUGGAGCCAUCCUGCUGGUGAACUGCGACAGGGACAAUCUGAACUGUUAUGACCAGGACAACCGAGACCAGCAGGUGCACUGCCUGCAAGACCUGGAAGACAUGUCCGUCAUGGUCCUGAGGACCCAAGGCCCUGCUGCCCUCUUCGAUGACCACAGACUCAUCCUCCACACUUCCAGCUAUGAUGCCAAGUGGGCACGGGUCUUCCACGCCUGCGGUCCUGAAGACUCGUGCGAGGCCUACCGGCAUGUGCUGGGCCAGGACAAGGUGUCCUACGAGGUGCCCCGCUUCCACGGGGACGAGGAACGCUUCUUUGUGGAGGGCCUCUCGUUCCCCGACGCCAGGUUCACGGGGCUCCUCUCCUUCCACAUCACCCUGUUAGAUGACUCCAACGAGGAUUUCUCUGAGUCCCCGAUCUUCACUGACACCGUGGUCUUCCGCGUAGCACCCUGGAUUAUGACGCCCAGCACCCUUCCGCCGCUGGAGGUGUACGUGUGCCGUGUGAGGAACAACACGUGUUUCGUGGAUGCGGUGGCGGAGCUGGCCAGGAAGGCCGGCUGCAAGCUGACCAUCUGCCCACAGGACGAGAAUCGCAAUGACCGCUGGAUCCAGGACGAGAUGGAGCUGGGCUAUGUUCAGGCACCACACAAGACCUUCCCGGUGGUCUUUGACUCCCCCAGAAACGGGGAGCUGCAGGACUUCCCUUACAAAAGAAUCCUGGGUCCAGAUUUCGGCUAUGUGACUCGGGAACCACUAGACAGCGCUGUGAGUGGCCUGGACUCCUUCGGGAACCUGGAGGUCAGCCCCCCAGUGGUGGCCAAUGGGAAAGAGUACCCCUUGGGGAGGAUCCUCAUCGGGGGCAACCUGCCUGGGUCUAGCGGCCGCCGGGUCACCCAGGUGGUGCGGGACUUCCUCUAUGCGCAGCGGGUGCAGCCCCCCGUGGAGCUCUUUGUGGACUGGUUGGCCGUGGGCCAUGUGGAUGAGUUUCUGAGCUUCGUCCCUGUCCCUGAUGAGAAGGGCUUCCGGAUGCUCCUGGCCAGCCCUAGCGCCUGCUUCAAGCUCUUCCAGGAAAAGCAGAAGUGGGGCCAUGGCAGGGCCCUCCUGUUCCAAGGGGUUGUUGGGGAUAAGCCGGUCAACACCGUCUCCAUCAACCAGGUCCUCUCCAACGCAAACCUCAUCAGCUUCAAUAAGUUCGUGCAGAGCUGCAUCGACUGGAACCGGGAGGUACUGAAGCGGGAGCUGGGCCUGACAGAACGGGACAUCAUCGACAUCCCCCAGCUCUUCAAGACUGAGAGGAGAAAGGCGGUGGCCUUCUUCCCUGACUUGGUGAACAUGCUGGUGCUGGGCAAGCACCUGGGCAUCCCCAAGCCCUUCGGACCCAUCAUCAACGGCCGCUGCUGCCUGGAGGAGAAGGUGCGCGCCCUGCUCGAGCCGCUGGGCCUGCACUGCACCUUCAUCGACGACUUCACCCCGUACCACAUGCUGCAUGGGGAGGUCCACUGCGGCACCAACGUGCGCCGGCAGCCCUUCUCCUUCAAGUGGUGGAACAUGGUGCCCUGAGCCCGUCCCCCGCACCCCUAUCCUCUGCCCCUGGGACAGGACAUCAGCCGGCCCUGAACAAUAAGCAUCAAGAGACCCCAGCGUUCCAGAUAGCACCCCGAGGGUGACUGUUUCUCUCAGAAGCCUUUUCCCUUGAAGUGUUCACUCUUCACCACUGGCAGCCCAUUUGGUUCUCAGACUUGAUUCUUGCUGGCCUCCCAAGAAGAAAGCCCUCACUUCUUGUGGCCUCUCAUGAGGAUCGACAUGACCCAUGGAGAUUCCUCCAAGCCUCCUCUUCCCCAUCCCCAAAUCCUCUGUUUGGGUUCAAAUUUACUUUGGGGUCUAGAAAUAUCCAUGUGUGUGAUUUGCCCUCUUGUCCUGUGUGUCCUAAUGGAGGAAGGACCCACAAUUCUGCUUUGGUCCAGUUGCCUCUCACUCUGCAGGGGAACAGCCUUAAAGUCAGAUCCCUCCACCCAGAAGAGAUUCUACCCAUAGCUUCCACAAAGGGAAGGAGGUGGGGUCCGUGUAGAUCAAGGUUGGAUCACCAGUCUAUCUGUCAAGCUUCUGAACAGAUGCUGAGCUCUCUACCCCACCCAGUGCCCAGCAGGAGCUUUCGCACAGUUGGUCCUUUCUAGAUGUGUAUUGAAGGAAUGACUUGGCCCUUAGCCUUAUAAAUGCCCCAUCAUCUGACAUUCAGAAAUCUGGCUUUGUCCAAAAACCUCCAGGAAUUUCCUGGAGAUGAAACUAUGUGGGAAAUUCUUGGAUUUUAAGAAGGCUAUGGGUGCAAAGGGGAGAGAUGUCCUUCACAACGCAUAAGAUGCUUCCCUAGCCCCAGACAGCUCUCUGCAGGAAGGGAGAAUCAGUACUAGGCUUUGUGUUGCCCUCUGGUCAACCAUUCCAUGUCCUGCUGUGCCUCAGGAGAGGGGGCCCAGAUAGGCAGAUCCACCGAGACAGCUCACAGUGGGCCAGCUCUGGGAAUGACCUGCCUUGAGGGCCAGGGGAGGGGGCGAGGGGUGGGAGAGUUCCUCCAGAUGUGUGCCAGUUCCAUAUGUGUUCUGUAUGGAUCUAGCUGGGUUUCUAUCACUGGCUAAUAAAGCUACAGCAACACGAAUGGUUUGGGUCUACUUCUGGC